AUGUCCAAAAUCCCAACCAUUAUUUGGCCCAAAGUUGUUUUAUUUGGGGACUCCAUCACACAGUUUUCUUUUCAGGCCAAUGGUUGGGGAGCAGAUCUUGCCAACAAGCUUGCAAGAAAAUGUGAUGUUGUGAACCGGGGACUGUCUGGCUACAACUCUAGAUGGGCCAAGAUUGUUCUCCCUCGCCUCAUUAGCAGCCAAAACUCGGCAGACGACAACAUAGUAGCUGUUACUGUGUUCUUUGGAGCCAACGACUCUGCACUGGAAGAUAAGAACCAGCAGCAGCACGUCCCUCUGCGGGAGUACUCAGAGAACCUGAAGGAGAUCAGCAGGUUUCUGACCUCAGCCGGCGUGUCAGCAGACAAGGUUAUCUUCAUCACUCCUCCUCCUCUUCACGAGCCAGCCUGGGAAAAAGAGUGCAUCCUCAAAGGAUGUCCUCUCAAUCGCCACAACUCUGUGGUGGGACAGUAUGCCCAGGCCUGUGUCCAGGUAGCUAGUCAGUGUGGUUCAGAUGUCCUUGAUCUCUGGACACUGAUGCAGAAAGAUGGACAAGACUACACAGUGUACCUGUCAGAUGGGCUGCAUCUCUCUGAGAAGGGAAACCAGUUUGUGGCUCAGCACCUUUGGGGAAUCCUGGAGAGCCGCCUGUCUGACCUGCCCUUCAUCCUUCCUUACUGGGGAGACGUAGAUGCUAAAAGCCCUGAAAGCAGCCUCCUCUGUAACCAAUGA